AUGCAGAAGCUCCUGAGCAAAUGUUUAAGUGGAAGCAACUCGGAUAAUGAAGGUAUGGGGGAUGAAGGACUUUUAAAAACAUGUAAAAUUGUAAUAGGCUUGGGAGACAACCUAGACGAGAUAAACUGUAUGAACGUUGAACAGAUAGACAAUGAUUUCUUGUGUGGGUUUGAACAUUACGCGAAGAAGAACUCCACAGAAGCCUUACGAAUGAGUGGAUCGAAUGGAAGCACACGAACAUAUAUAUCAAACUUGAAUGAGUACUGUGAGAACCAUUUUAAUGAAAUGUUUAAUAUUGAAUAUGUAGAUUUUCCGUUAUCAUUUUACCAAGUCAUUUUUUUAAAUUUCUUCAGCUCUUUCACUGAAAAGGAGGGGAGAAGGAAAAAAGAAAAAAUGUCAUGGGAAGAUAACAUAUACGUAAUGAACAGAUUUUACCAAAAAAUGAAAAAACAAAAGUACAUCCUGCUUCAUAGAGCUAAUUCAAUUCCUCAUAAAAAAAAGAAAAAAAAAAAUGUGAAUUAUCAAAAUGGGGAUGCGUUUUUUUGUACUGACAACAUGAUAGCCAUAGCAGAUGGAGUUUCUUCCAUUAAAAAUAGUGGAAUAAAUGUAGGCAAUUUUUCAAAUGAGCUUUUGAAAAAAUGCUUAAAUUUGUAUCUACACCGGUGUGUGAACAGUGCUUUAUUUGAGGAGCAAAAUCGGGUCGUCUUUGAUCAAUACAGCAUCAAACAUAGGGAAGAGGAAGUGCUCAAGCCAGUUGUAUGUAGAAGCGCGUGCUCGUCUAACUUUUUGGGAGCAUCCACACUAUUGCUCUCAUCUAUGGAGAAGGAAAGGUUGCAUAUUUGCACAAUUGGAGAUUGCCAAAUGUUGAUACUACGACUUAGGAAGAGUAUCUUUCCAGAUAAACGCAUCCGGGCGGUGCAGAGCAACAUGGGAGCCAAUCAAUUUUUGGGAAAUUCUUACAAACGGGAAAGUGCUUUUGCGGACACGCUGCAAGAUGGCACUUAUGCAGAUAUGUGUAAUGACCCCCCUGAUGAGGAAACCGUUGGGGACCCAUUGAAUGCGACUGAUCAGGGUUUUAAAUCGAAGAGGUACAAGUCGCCAAAGGGACCCGCUCUUAGUUCAUCCCAUGUGAGUAGUAGCAAAAAAGUUGCUCUUGAUCACACCGCACAGGAAGGCAAAUUCAAGCUAAAAGGAUUGUAUGAAGAGAGGAAGGAGCUUUACAGAAAAGAACUCUUUAAAGAGGAAAUCGGAGAUAAAGGUGCUUCGGGAGAUUGUAAGUCUAUCACAUUAUACAUGGAAGAGGAGCUAACUGCAGAUAUGUGUGAACAGUUUGAAGCGUACUUGGCUGAUAAGAAUUACAAAAUAGGAAAAUUAACCUUUGUGGUGAAGGAGGAAGAGGACUGUCCCCAUGGAACUACAUUCCCUGACCCCAUUACAGGGAGUUAUUCUAAUACGAAGACAGGGUGCCCCCUAGGCGAGAAAUAUUCUCACACCACAGAGAAUGACUGGUACGAAAAUGAAAACCAACCACUUUCAACCGUGAAUACUAUGGAUGAAAGUGGGUAUAGAAAUUUAUUGCGUUUUUUUGACAUGGAUCGGACGGACAUUUCGGCCUUAGACAAAGGGGGGGAGGAUUAUCUAAAGUAUGUUGAGGAAAAAUCUACUGAUGGGAAUUACCAACCUGAAAUAGGAACGGUCAUGAACAGAAGCUGGAGUGGGGAAAACAGCCAAAAGUGUGUCCAGGUUAACCAAUUUAAUAAUUAUCGAUUUAGGUGCUUUGACACGGAUAAGAAACACUUCGAUAUAAUUUACAAGUCAAAAGUGCAGCAACAUUAUUUUAACUGUCCUUUCCAAAUAACAUUCAUGCCUUCUACUCUGGGAGGUCAAGUGGAUAAGGAAGCAUCCAAUAGGGGAAGGAGAAGUGUAGGCACAAGGGGAUCAGACGCAAACAGGUUGAGCCAACCCAGUAAGAUUAAAAUGAGCACAUAUAACGACAUAAUUUCAAAGUGCAUCCGAUAUUGUGAAUACGCCACCAUUGACGUAAAAAAUAAUGACAUUAUAAUAAGUGGAAGUGAUGGAUUGUUCGACAAUCUAUACGACGAUGACAUUAUGAAAAUUUUGUUCAAUAAUUUCUACACAGUUAAGUGUAACGAAUUUGUCCAACUAAAAGAGAUCUAUAAUUUUUAUGAUGAUUGUAGCAGUGUAUUACGCAAGGUGAAGGACAACACUUUGGGAGAAUGGAAAAAGGGGAAGAAAUCGGAACGCACAUUUUCUGGUGCGAUAAAUCAGGCUUCUGAUGUGGAUGUUAAUGCAGAAGACGGGGAAGAGCUCAAAUGGAAAGGUAAACCGAAUUCGGUGGAUGGUGAGUCAUCCGAUACUCAACAUUCUGAGGAAGACAACCAUUCACUUUUAUCUCUUGAAGAGGGGGAUAAUAAAGGCAAGAACGAAAUGAAGGGGGAGGUGCACAAAUUGGAGGUCAUCCCAGAUGGGGAGGAAGAAGCGGAAAAUGGGGACCUGUUGUCAGGAAAUAUCAAUUCGUUUGAUUACACAGGUGGACGACGAAAUAAGACAAACGGCAGUGAGAACAACUUGGAUGAAGAAAAGAAGAAAGAGAAGGAACGAAAAUACUUCUUAAGCAAAAAGCAUAGGAGCAACAUAAGCACGGCCAUGCUACGGUUGAAAUUUCCUUCUAAAUUAAAGAGCAUGUUUUCGAUGAAUGCGAAGGAAAGGAGAAGGGAAAAGGUAAGGGAGAAAAGCGACAGGGGAGAAAAAGGCGAAUCGGAACGAAGAAAAGAUCUCCCAAAGGCGGACAAAAGUCGGAACGAAGAACAACACCAUGGAGAGGGGCCAAAACGAAAUUUACAUGAAGCUAAAAAGGGUGCACGUAACUUGUUCGCCCAGAAAAAAAAAAUUGAUUACGGUAAAAAUGACAACAGUUAUUCUGAACAUUCCCGUGGGUCAUUAAAUAGAAAGAACCUCAAUAUUGGAGCGCAUUUAAAAAAGAAUGACCAUUUGGGGAAUCCCUCUGAAAGAGACACAGAUUCAGAUGACCUCACGUUGGACAAUGAGGGUAACUCGAAAGUGGCUUCCAAUUCCAAUGCGCAGGGAAAAGCACAUGGGCCCGGGGGGGUAUGUAAUUUCGCUAAGCCUAGGGUUGAGGAUUGUGGAGUUACCAACGGGUCGACUGACUGGCCUGGAAAUGUACUCCAGCGGGGGGCGCGCCAAAGGACAACGGAAAUAAUCGCAAACGAUCGGGUAUGUCCAUUGAGGAGGGAAAAAACGAACGACACGGAUAAGUGGAUAAUGGAACAGAAUACGCUUCCUGGUAAUUCAGAGCACGAUAGUUAUCGUACAAGCGGUAUAAAAAGUGGAGGAGAAAAGAAAAAAAAAAAAAUUAUUGUCCAAAGAAAAAUAAACUGUGGCACUUUUCCAUACGAGCCAACCGAUCUUGUCCUCUUCGACGAAAGUAACAACAUUUACUUAAACAUGAAGAAGGCGUGUGAUGAGAUUGUGCAGUUGUCCAGCAUUUUAGCCAACCAAGAGGUGAACAAAACUUUGCUAAGGAAGAGAAGGAAGAAUUACAACGCACAGCGUGAAAAUAUGAAUGGUAAAGGAAAAGAAAGUUCUCCUCACAAUGCACACAUGUAUAAUCCGUUGGACAAAAUUAAAAACGAUAAGCACCCUUCCAAGGAGUCCCCUUCAUCCAUCUAUGAAAAGGAAACGCACUUGUUUGAUAAAGUUAACUACGAUGAUAUACAAUCAAACAAGUCCAGCGAUAAAAUAAUUUUAACGCCAAUAUCAGAGUUCAUCUUUGAUAAAUAUAAGAAAUAUUUUAAUAUGGGGAAGCCGGACGAUAUAACUGUCGUACUUUCGUUGGUGAAGGAGAACAAAUACUGUUAG